UGCAGCCUCCAUAAUCGAAAGAGACGCUAAUCCUGCUCCUCUCCAAAGCCUGGCAGUGGGGUGGGACAGGGAGGGAUAAUGACAGAGACACGAGGAAGGAAGUCGGAUACGGGAGACGGCGGAGAGCGUGUACGCUUUGGGCAAGCGGACUCAGCACUGAUCUGGACAAGCGAGACACGGGCACUCUCCUGCCUGACUAGUCGAGCCACCUCCUUCACCAUCUGCUAAACACCUGGGAUCCCUGAGAGUUUUGAGCCCUCCCCAUCCAGGUUUCGCCCUGGAGGCUGAAAACCUCAAUGAGGGUCCUGCAGAGGGGGACUGCUAUGGGAGUUGUUCACCUCCCUCUGCACCCCCUCUCGUAUCACCAGCAGAUGAGCCGAGCUUCACCACUGUGACACUGUGCCAAGAUGGAGAGGACAUAUGCCUGACAGCAACUGAUGGAGGUAUGGAGGAGAUGAGUGGUCAGAAUCCAGAAUGUGAAGACAUGCAGAGUAAAGAACAAAGACUGCCAAUCCAGAUCUUUCCUGACCCUGUUGAGGUUGUCCUGGAUCCCGAGACCUCUCUGAACUGCCUGGGUCACGAGCACGAGAAGGAACGUCUACCCUCUAUUGUUGUGGAGCCAACUGAGGUGAGCGAGGUGGAGAGUGGAGAGCUGCGCUGGCCUCCAGAGAACAUGGACAUGGAGGAAGAUGAGGAGGACCUGUUCUUGGAGCAGUGCAUCCCCCCGGCCAACAUUGCAGAUUGGGGAGAAGAGGAGGAGGAAGAGGAGACAUCGGUUAUAUUGAAUCAGCAGGAAGGCUUGACACUCAUUGACCUUCAGUCGGAUGCGUUCAGAGAUGACACUCCUACACUUCCACCCAGCAGUGCUCCAGCCUUCAACUGACCUUACCUCUGAGGACUCACCGUCUCUGAGAAACCAGCAAGGAAGCAUCCCAAUAUGAACUUAUG